CACCACAACCCUCCGGCCCCUAUAUAAACACGAGCUUUCUGUGGUGCACCAGUGUGCUAUCUUAUUCUUGUGCCUCAAGAAAUAGGUUAGUUCCGAGCUGAAACAAGAUGGCUGGUGAUAAACAAAAACUCUUUAACAGACUGAAGCCAUUCAUAGGUGUAGUGUUCUUACAGUUUGGAUAUGCUGGUAUGGAUAUUCUAUCCAAAGCUGCACUGAACAAGGGAAUGAGUAACUAUGUAUUUGUCGUGUACCGUCAUGUUUUUGCCUUUGUUGUCAUGGCCCCUUUUGCACUGAUCUUGGAGAAGAAAGUAAGGCCGAAGAUGACAUUUUCAAUCUUCAUGAAGAUAAUGAUUCUCAGCUUGCUAGAGCCUGUUAUUGACCAAAAUUUGUAUUUUUUGGGCAUGAAGUACACCACAGCAACCUUUGCUGUUUCCAUGUACAAUGUCCUCCCUGCCAUUACCUUUGUCAUGGCUUGGAUUCUUAGGCUUGAGAAGGUAAAACUAAAAAGUAUACGCAGUCAAGCAAAGGUGGUAGGGACUUUAGCCACUGUUGUAGGUGCCAUGGUCAUGACCCUGAUAAAGGGCCCAAUACUUGAUCUUUUUGGAACACACGCAAGUAGUACCCACAACCAGCAAAAUGGUGGGGUGAAUCUUCAACAUGCAAUAAAGGGAUCAGUGAUGAUCACAAUUGGCUGCUUUAGUUGCGCUUGUUUCAUGAUUCUCCAAGCUAUUACCAUUGAAGCCUACCCUGCUGAGCUCUCUCUUACAGCAUGGAUAUGCCUAUUGGGAACAGUUGAAGGUGGCGUAGUGGCACUGGUUAUGGAAAGGAAGAAUCUUUCUGCUUGGUCUCUUCAAUGGGAUACAAAACUGCUUGCUGCUGUUUACAGUGGCAUAGUUUGCUCGGGAAUGGCUUAUUACAUCCAAGGAGCAGUGAUGAAAGAUAGAGGCCCGGUCUUUGUAACAACUUUUAACCCUCUCUGCAUGGUCAUUGUGGCUAUCAUGGGCUCCUUCUUUCUGGCUGAAAUAAUGUACCUUGGGAGGGUGGUUGGAGCUAUUGUAAUUAUUUUAGGACUGUAUCUUGUGGUGUGGGGUAAAAGCAAUGACUACGAGUCAUCAAAUUCAAUUACUAAAAAGCAUACAUUGCCAUCCAAGCAAACAGUAGAGGAGGAGCAUUCUAAUCAUGAUGUCAUCACUCUCAGUAACUUAGGCGCGGGAAACAUAGUUCGAGAUGAACAAGUAUGAGGAAACAUACCAAAUUCAAUCUAAAUUUCAGCAAUCUGGGAUCUUUCAACCGUCCAGAAGCCCAUUUGAAAACAACUUUAUAGGUUCAUCGUUGUUUGAACAAUUAUGAUGUAGUAGUAGAGGUUUUUAAUGUAGCACUGUGGUAUGUCGAAUGGUAAGUUUUAAUAUAAGGCAAGAAAUUCGCAACAAAAGAAGGUGCAACUUUGAUUUCACAUUAUA